GGGACCGGCUGUGUCCACUCGCGCUGCUCUUGCUCCCAGGAACGGCUGCUGCUGCUGCGGAGCUCCCCACACUGGUCACCGUGCAGGUUGCUGCUGCUGCCACGAGGAGCCAGCCCCCUUCUCGGGGGUGGUUGGAUCUCCCCGCGAUGGGAGCUCGUGGCGGCCUCGUGCCCACGCAGCUGUCGUUGCUGCUCCUGCCGCCGCUGCUGCUUUUGCUGCUGAUGACGGUGUCCACGGCCGCGUGCCCCGCGCCGCAGUUCCCGGCCGGGAGUUCGUGCUUCCUCCCGGUGACCGCGCCGCCGCUCUCCUUCUGGGGGGCGCAGCGCGAGUGCGAGCGGGCCGGGGGGCUCCUGGCCACGCUGCCCGACGCGGUGACGCGGGCGGCCACGAAGGAGCGGCUCGUCGGCGAAGCCGAGCGCAGCUGGUGGAUCGGGCUUCUGGCUCGAGACGACGACGACGGGCCAGCGGGGCCUCCGCGCUGGCUGGACGGCGCUAACGUGACGGAGCCCGACUGGGCCCCCGGGGAGCCGGCCGGCCGCUGUGGCCUCCUCUCGGCGGAGGCUGCAUUCCGUUGGGCGGCCAGCGAUCGGUGCGAGCAGGAACGGCCUUUCUUGUGCCAGAUUGACCCGCGCCAGGCGCUCGCCUGUGCGGGCACCAACGCCACGCUGCGCUGCGGCUCGGCCCGCGUCGUCACGGUGGAGGUCGCCACCUUCGGCCGCGGCAACGCGCACUUCUGUCGGCUCAACGCCAGCAGCCCCGAUGGCGUCGGCCCGGGAGCCUCCGCGGAGCCCGACGCCCCCGGGGGCCAAACGAGCCCCGACGGACACACGCAGGAGGACGGCUGCUCUACGGUGAACGUCACGGACCUGGUCGCAGGUCUCUGUCGCGGUGUGCAAGUCUGCCAGGCCGGAGCUGACCCGGCCCUCCUCGGGGACCCCUGUCCCUCCAGGGGCAGCUACCUCACCCUGUCAUACAGCUGUGUGGAAGCAUUGAGGGUGACGGUGGGGGAGGUGUUUGCUGUGGGAGACACCGUCCCCGUCGCCAUCGAGUGGCUGCUGCCCGAGGCGAUGGGCGCCAACUUGAGCUGCAGCGUGAGCCUGGGCGACGGGCGCCUCAUCGAGCCGUCCCGCCUGAGCGGGCUGCUGAGCGAGGUGUCGCACCGCUACUCGCUGCCGGGCACCUUCACGCUGCAGGUGGAGUGCGCGGCGGCCGAGUGGCACGUGACGGCGCGCCGCUCGCUCUCCGUGCAGCAGCCGAUCAGCGGCUUCUCGCCCGCGCGGUGCCUCAAGCGGCCGCAGCAGUGGCAGGUGGAGGCGGAGUGCGUGGUGCGCUUCGGCCACGACUUCGCGCUCCCCGUGUCCCUGCUCGCAGGGACCAACGUGAGCUUCCAGCUGGUGGCGCGCGACACGGUGCUCGCGAGCUGGACGGCGGCCGACGGCGCGGAGACGCAGAACGUGACGCUCACGGCGGCCAUGCAGGAGCGCGUGGGCGAGGGCGAGCACGUGCUGCGCGUGCUGGCCACCAACAACGUGACGGCGGAUGGUGCCCCCGUGCAGGCGCCGCUGCUGCUGGCACUGCGCCGCCCCGUGGGGGACCUCCAUGCCACCGUCACCACGCCGCUCGUCGAGGUCGGGCAGGAGAUGCAGGUGGAGGUGCGUGUGGAGGCUGGCACCCCAGAGCGUGUGCUGUUCGAGCUUCUGGGAGUGAAGGGACUCGUUUCGGAAGAGAGGGAGGCGGCUAAUGCCAGCCACGCGAUCUACCGCAUCCCCGUCAGCCAGCAAGAUGUGUUCUCGGUGCGCGUCACGGUAAGCGACCGCUUUGCCAACGUGUCGGCGCUCGCCGGGAACGUGACGAGUGUUUGGGGCGUCGCCGAGCUAUCUCUGGACGCGACGCUGACCGUCACGGCCCCUCCGGGCCGCGCCGUGUUCCGUGCGACUGCCCGUGACCGGGACCACCUGCCCCCCGACGUUCGCUACAGCGCCGACUUUGGGGACGGUCGCGCAGGUUCCAGUCAACUGAGGGACCUGCAGAUCCGGCACGUUUAUCGACAACCAGGGACCUACCUCGCCCAGUUCAACCUGAGCAACCAGGUGAGCGCGGAGUCGCUGGAGGUGAGGGUGCACGUGGAGCCGGGCGAGGGGGCCGACUGUGGGAUGGUGGGAGUUGCAAUCGCGGGGGGCGCAGCCGCGCGCGCUGACGCUCUCCCCCACGCGCUGUGGCGGCCACUCACUCUCCGUGCCAUCGUCACGGCCAAUUGCAGCCGCACCGCCUCACUGCGGCUUCUGCGCUACAAAUGGCGGCUGGUUUCCAUGGAGACAAAUGAAGCCAUCCGCUUUCCCAUCUCCGUGGAGACUCACCACCCCGAGCUCACGGUGCCGGGCCGGACCCUGGCACCCGGACUUCACCGCGUGGUGUUCACGGCCUGGAUGGGAGGAGGAGGAGGAAAUGUGGAGGAGGAGGAAGAGGAGGACGAUCGCUGGGAGGGGGGCGAUGGCUCUGAGCCGCCUGACUCGGCACCAGACUUUGGCCGCGCCGAGGCGUUUGUGUCGUUGCGCCCAGGGUCGCUGGUGGCGGCUAUUGUGGGUGGCGCGGGGCGCACAGUGAGCAGCGGCCGCCCCGUUCUCAUCGACGCCUCUGCCUCGCACGACCCGGACCUGGGCCCCACGGCCAUCGAGGGUCUCGCCGUUCCCACACGGAACCCCCAGGCCGUCGCUGCGCCGACCGCUCUCAACUUCUCUUGGGCGUGCGAUGCUUGUGAACCCUCGUGCCUGGAGGCCGUCUCUCUGAGCCGCCCGGUUCUGGAGCUCCCCUCCGGUUGCCUGGUGGCGGGAUCGGAGGUCACGGUGAAGGUGACGGUCUCCGCGCCAAGCAAGCCAAGUGCCGAGGCUGAGCAGAUGCUGAUGGUGGUGACAGGGGCCGUGCCAAGAGUGGAGAUCGGCUGCAUCUCGAACUGCGGGGCCAAGGUGAUCCCGGGUCAGCGGCUGGCGCUUCACUGCACGUGUCACGACUGUCAGGGCCCAGUGUCCUACAACUGGUCCCUGAGACAGCGAGAGGAGCAGGAUGCAGCACUGGUGGAACGGGAUGUGGACUGGGCAGCGGCGAGCACCACGGGACGGGAGCAGCCGUACCUCGUGUUCACACCGGGAGCUCUGAGCAACCACACGGGAAACGGCAUCAUCCGGGUCACAGUGUCCAACCAGGGCGCCGUGGCGCUGGCUGAGUUUGCGGUGGUGGUGGUGCCGCCCCCGCGCCGCGGCCGCUGCUCCGUGAGCCCCGAUGCAGGCUGGGCGCUCUCCACGCGCUUCUCCGUGCUCUGCUCAGAGUUCAGCUCUCCCGAGCCUCCGCUCGUUUACUGCUUCACCGCCGAAGACGGACACGCGUCCUCCCUGCUGCAGUGCGGAGCGGAGCCCAUGAUGGAGGCGGUGCUGUUGCCCGCGGGGGAUCCAGCGCAUGGCGGGCGCCUCCUGCUGCGUGUCUCCGUGACGGACGCGCUCGGAGCUGCGCUCUCCCAGCUCGUGUCGGUCACGGUGGGCGUAGCCCCGGCGGAGGGUGGCGUGGGCCUGGACGUGGGCGACCCACUGGCGCUGGUUCACACGGAGAACGUGGGCGCCCUAGCACAGCUCACCAACGCCGUGGCCUCCGUGCUCAACCAGCCCAGCAGCCAGGAGGAGGGGGAGACCCCCCCGCAGAAUGCACAGCUGAGGGAGAAGAUGAUCGUGGCGCUGGGCGAGAUGCCGGUCCGCGGGGUGCAAGGUGCUCAGCAGCUCUCGGAAGCUUUGAGCCAGAUCACCGCGCGACCCAACGAGCUCAGCCACCGAGCGCGGCUGCGAGCCAGCGCUACGCUGUCCACGCUGAGCGCGUCCCUCCAGGGCGCGGCCGUCCGGGACGGGGAGGAGCGGGAGCAGGGCGCCGCCGGUAUGGAGCAGGGCGCCCGGUGCCUCGUAGCCGUGGCGAGCAACAUCCUCCAGGUCACCGGGGAGACGGCUCACGGCCGAGGAGAAGACCGCGACGCGGGCCAGGUGUCGAGGCAGGCUCUGGAGGCCCUGGACACUCUGCAGGGCGUGCUGCUCUCAAAGCGGGUCCCAGGGGAGGGCACGAUGCUCGUAUCCACGCCGGCUCUGACCCUCGCGAUGGACCGCCGUUCUGGAGACUCGAUGUCCGGCUUCGCCAUUGGAGGAUCCCAGAGCUCGGAGGCGGCCUUCACCCUGCCCAGCGCGCUACCUCUCCCCUCUGCAGAGCCUGUCGAUAUCCAGAUGGUGAGCUUCGUGUCGAACCCGUUUGCCUGGUCGGCGGAGGGAGGGGAGGUGAGCGGCCCGGUCAGCAGCCUCUCCCUUCUCUCCGCCGUGGACCGCGCUCCGAUCCCCGUGCACAACCUGAGCCAGCCCAUCGAGAUAAUGCUGCCGCAGGCCGCUCCCUCGGAGCCGAGCCGUGCGCUGGUGCCGGGAGACGGGCGGCUCACCCUGCUGCAGGUGAACGUGACGCGGGACGACCUCACGCUGGUGGUCACCGUGGAGACGGGCGGGCAGGCGAUGCGCCUCGCGCUCUUCCUGUCGCAGGGAGAGGAACCGACAGAGCGGCGGCACAACCUGAGCGUGUCGGUGGACACGCGCGGUGAGGCACGGCGGGGCACCGAGUACACGUGGCUCGUGGAGCCCGAGGAGCUGCCGGGCGCCGGAACUUACUACGUGGGCGUGCAGGCAGAGCACGUGCAGGCAGAGCACGCGCAGGCAGAGCACGGCGCCGAUGGCACAGGAAACGCGUCGUUCUGGGUGGGAACGUUCGCCACUCGCUGUCUCUACUGGCACGAGACAGAGCGACGCUGGGCAGGGGAUGGGUGCAGAGUGGGCCCCCUCACCACCGCGACGCUCACCCACUGCCUGUGCUCUCACCUGACGUCGUUCGGCGCGGGCUUCCUGGUGAUGCCCAAUGUGGUGGAUGUGUCGCGCACGGCCGAGCUCUUCGCCACCGUGUCGGAGAACCCGGUGGUGGUGAGCGUCGUGGCCGCCGUGCUGCUCCUCUACCUCCCCAUCGUGGUGUGGGCACGGCGCAAAGACCGCCAGGACCUCGCCAAGGUGAAGGUGACCGUCCUGGCCGAUAACGACCCCCAGGCCCGGCAGCGCUACCUCGUCACGGUGUACACGGGCCACCGGCGCGGGGCCUGCACGACCGCCAAGGUGACGCUGACGCUGUACGGCGCCGACGCAGAGAGCGAGCCGCACCUGCUGGCGGACGAGCGCAAGCCGUUGCUGGAGCGCGGCGGCGUCGACUCGUUCCUGCUCACGACGCUGGCGCCGCUCGGGGAGCUGCAGGCCGUGCGCUUGUGGCACGACAACUCGGGGAAAGACCCGUCCUGGUACGUGAGUCGCGUGGUCGUGCAGGACCUGGAGCAGGAAGAGCGAUUCCACUUCCUGUGCGACGCAUGGCUCGCACUCGAUGUGGGGGAGGGGUCGCUCGACCGCGUCUUCCCAGCGGCGAGCACCACGGAUCUCAAGCAGUUCCGGAACCUCUUCUACCAGAAGACCACACGAGACUUCCGCGACGGACACCUCUGGUUCUCCGUGCUGAGCCGCCCACCCCGCAGCCCUUUCACCUGCGUGCAGCGCGUCUCCUGCUGCCUGUCCUUGUUGCUGUGCACCAUGCUCACCAGCAUCAUGUUCUGGGGCGUCCCCACGGGCCCGCCAAAUGCCAAACUCGAUCUUGGUGGGAUUGAGAUCACGUGGACAGAAGUGAUGAUCGGCAUCGAGAGCUCCAUCCUUAUGUUCCCUAUCAACCUCCUCAUCGUGCAGUUCUUCCGCAACGUGCGCCCCAAACCCAACCGCCUGUCUCCAAGGCAACCGGCCCGAUCCGCCCUCCCUGCCAAACCCGAGCCCCCUAUCAACAAACCCGCGAGCGUUCAGGAGCUGCGCAGGCUGGCGCGCCGCGUGCUGCGGGCGCUGUGGCCCCGAGACGCCCCGAGGGUGGCGGCCGCCGUGGCGGACGAGUCGGACGCGUGCCGCCUCACGGGGCUCGAGAUGAGGACGCUGGCGGCGCCGGAGCGGCGCGUGGCGCCGCUCGGCCGGGGACGGGGCGCGCGCGAGCGGCGCGGAGAAGAGCGUGGGGGGCCGCCCUGCGGCGCGGACGGGGAAGUGUCUCGGCUGCUGGCGCUGGUGUCAGACGCGGCACGGGCGCCGGCCUCUGCCAACGGCGACUUCUAUGGCCCGGAGCGCAGGCACCUGGACUCGGUGUGCCUCGCCCUGGAGAAGCUGCCGCCCCCAGGCGAGGGUGCGGGCGCCGACUCGGCAGAGCUGUGCGUGCAUCUGCAGCGCGUGCUGCACGGCCUGGACGCCGGUCGCUACGGCGACGUGAUGCGGGAGGUGGACGUCCUGGCCGGGCAGCUCGGUCGCUACGACAACGCCCUGCGGGAGGUGGACGUGCUGCCCGGGCGCUUCUAUUACCGUGGCGACGCAAUGCGGGAGGUGGACGUGCUGCCCGGGCGCCCCGGGCCCACCGCCCCUUCUCCGGCCUCCGGGACCUCGAUGUUGCCUCACGCUGGCCCGCCUCCCAGGCGAGGCGGGCUGCCCUGGUGGUGCGUCUACGUGGGCUGGGCCUUGGUGGUGGCCACCAGCGGCGUGUCGGCCUUCUUCACCAUGCUCUACGGCCUGCAGUAUGGCCGCAAGCGUUCGCUCGAGUGGCUCCUCACCACCAGCAUCUCCAUCUUCCAAAGUAUCUUCAUCACUCAGCCGCUCAAGGUGCUGGGCUUCGCCGUCUUCUUCGCUCUGGUUCUGAAGAAGGGCGACGAGGUGGAGGAUGGCGAAGAGCAGAUCGAGGACGCCAUCGCCGACCAGCGGAGCCGAGCGUUGGAGCCGGGUGCCCAGAAGACAGAGCGGAGCCGCGUGGUUUACACUCCUCCAUCGAGCACACGCAUGGAGCAGCUCAAGAGGCAGCACGAAAAGGAGCAGCGCAUGUACGGCCUACUCCGGGAAAUCCUGGUGUACAUGUGCUUUCUCUGGAUGCUGCUGCUCGUGGCGUACGGCCAGCGUGACCCCCACGCCUACCACCUGAACCGCGCGCUUAGCGCCAGCCUCGUUGGGGAGCUGGGCAAGGGCCCCGUCAGCCUCCGGGACGUGUUCUCCUGGGCCAACGCGACGCUGCUGCCCUCGCUGUUCGCGGAGCACCCAGGCUUCCUGGUGGGGGGCACGGCGCGCCUCGUGGGGGCAGUGAGGCUGCGCCAGCUGCGCGUGGCGCCCGGGCGCUGCCGCGUGGCGCCGCCGCUCUCCAGCGUCAGUCCCCCGUGCCGCGCGCUCUACUCCUGGGAGGACGAGGACACGCAGCACUACCACGGGGCGCAGUGGGCCAAGCAGCCGCAGCUCAAUGCCACGGGUGAUGACGCCGGUGAGCUCUUGGCCGGUGUGUGGCGCUACCGCAGCCAGGCCAAGUCGAGGUCAUUCCCGUUGUGGGGCCGCCUGGCGUUCUACCGCGGCGGAGGUUACGUGGCUGAGCUGGGCACGGAUCAUGGCCACGCUCAACGGCUGCUGCAGGUGCUGUUUGACAGCAGCUGGCUGGACACGCGCACCAGGGCCGUGCUGCUGGAGCUCACCGUCUACAACGCCAAUGUCAACCUCUUCACCACCGCCGCCGUCGUCAUGGAAACCAACGGCCUGGGAGGUUUCCUGCCCUGGGUGGAGCUGCACAGCCUGCGCCUGUAUCAGUACACGGGGUCUCUGCACAUCUUUGUGAUGAUGGCUGAGAUCAUCUAUUACCUCUUCAUCAUCUACUAUAUGGUGGUGCAGGUCAAGACGGUGCGCAGGCUGGGUUGGCGCUACCUGCGCUGCCGCUGGAGUCUGCUGGAGGUGGCCAUCAUCGUGCUGAGCUGGGCCGGCCUGGCGCUCUUCACCAAGCGCCUGCUGCUGGGGCAGCGCGACGUCGCCCUGCACCUGAAAAACCCCAACAGGUUCGUGAGCUUCUAUGAGACGGCGCUGGCCGACUCGGCGCUGGGCUACGUGCUGGCGCUGCUGGUGCUGCUGGGCACUGUGAAGCUGUGGCGGCUGCUGCGCCUUAAUCCCAAGAUGUGCCUGCUGACGGGCGCACUGGCACGCGCCGGGCGCGACAUGGCGAGCUUCCUCACCGUGCUGCUCGUCGCGCUGGGGGCGUAUGCGCUGUCGUGCCACGUGAUGUUCGGCCGGUGCCUGGAGAACUACAAAAGCGUCUGGGAUUCACUCCAGACGCUUGUCAGCCUCCAGCUGGGGGCAUUCAACUACCGGGAGGUGAUGGAGGUGAGCCCUGUGCUCGGACCCCUCCUCAUUGGCUCCUGCAUCAUCUUCAUGAGCUUCACCCUCCUCAACCUCUUCAUCUCCGUCAUCCUUGUCGCCUUCGCCGAGGAGCAGCAGUUGCACGAGGCCUCGGAGGAGGAGGAGAUCGUGUCUCUGCUGCUCGCGAAGAUCUACAGCUUCUGCGGCAUCCGGAAACCAGCGAGUGCUGCCGCCUGAUUCGCUCCCCUGUGCUGACCUACUCUCCCACGUGCACCCCCACUCCCAAUACUCCCCCACUCACUCACCACUCACAUCCCAUAUUCACUCACCACUCACAUCCCCUAUCCACCACUCACAUCCCCUAUUCACCACUCACUCAUCACUCACAUCCCAUAUUCACUCACCACUCACAUCCCCUAUCCACCACUCACAUCCCCUAUUCACCACUCACUCAUCACUCAUCCCCUAUUCACCACUCACUCAUCACUCACAUCACCUAUUCACUCACCACUCACAUCACCUAUUCACUCACCACUCACAUCCCCUAUUCACCAAUCACUCACCACUCACAUCCCAUAUUCACUCACCACUCACAUCCCCUAUUCACCACUCACUCACCACUCACAUCCCAUAUUCACCACUCACUCAUCACUCACAUCACCUAUUCACUCACCACUCACAUCCCCUAUUCACUCAUCACUCACAUCCCAUAUUCACCACUCACUCAAGCUAUCACAUUUUUGGCUGAACUGGGACACAGUGAACCGGGAGCCCCCUCUCUUGGUCAGCCACACCCCACGUUACAUGGCCACGCCCACAAGCAACACCACCCGCAGGCUCCGCCCACUAAAGGCCCAGCCCAUUGCUCACAGGCUCCGCCCACUAAAGGCCCAGCCCAUUGCUCACAGGCUCCGCCCACUAAAGGCCCAGCCCAUUGCUCACAGGCUCCGCCCACUAAAGGCCCAGCCCAUUGCUCACAGGCUCCGCCCACUAAAGGCCCAGCCCAUUGGUCACAGGCUCCGCCCACUAAAGGCCCAGCCCAUUGCUCACAGGCCCCACCCCUGACACGGGUUGCUCCGCCCCUUGCCCGCGUGGGGACCAAGACGUUUUAAACCAGCAAGCACGUGGGGAGUGAGACACCGGGACAGGUUUUUUGAACCGAGACUGUCCCAGCCAAACCAGGACGUAUGAUAGCUUUACUACCGUCACUCCACCACUCUCCCCUCACUCCACCACACCCGCCACACACCACAUAUAUGUUGGAAAAUAAUCACACGGAGGUGUGUGUACCCGCGAGCUUCACCGGUAGUCAGCUGUAGUUAGGGGUAGUUGACCGUAGUUGUGGGCAGUCGGGGGUAGUCAUUCGUCUGUGCUGUUCUCUGAAGAAUGAACGGCGCUCGCCCCGGGUAACAUCCGGAAGCGUGACUUGCCGCUACCCGCACCGUGACAAGGUGCUCCGACCGAUGAGCCCACGCCACCGCGUGAUCACAAAUAAUAAAUCACCACGUGCACCGUGACCCAG